GCACUGAUAGAGAGAGAGAGAGAGACUGCAGCAUGCUGCACUGCAAUCACACUAGAGCACAUGAGAAUUUGCACACAAAAGCACAUGCGUGUCCGUUUGCUAACACCGCAGCCGUCAGAUUGUCCGCAGCCCAGAUGUUUGUGAGUGUGUGAGCUCAUUCAAAGAGGGAAACUUGUGUCUUUAGGUGUCUAAAUCUCCCCCCACGCCCCCCAGCAUACACGCACAUCCUCAAAGACUCCUCCCACAUAUCCCUCGAACCCCUUAUCCAUCCAGGUCGACAGCAGGACCGUGCAGCGACUCGCAUCGCUGAAACCGGAGCUGACACCCGGACACACAGGCGAUUUUGUUUUUUCUCUGCUUUCUUGUGGGAUUAUAAUGCUGAUGAUAUUUUUUACGGGAAACAGCUGAAAUCAUCGAGGUUGAGAAGGUUUGCCUAGGAGACGGAACGCAUCGGUGUUCGCCUGUGCGUGCGUGUGCCGGUUGUUUGUUCGGAGCGCUGGACUGACGCACGGAUACUGCAGCAGAACUGCAGGGGCCUGCACGCUAACCUGGAGGACAUGAGGACCCAGCGGAACCCCCGCCCCUGAGCUCCAGACCCCACUGCUGCUGCACAUUCUGCUGAGGUGCUGCUCUCUCCUUUGCUCAGGAGGUUUUUUGGGAUAGUGACUGUGUGUGUCAGUGUCGUUGCUGUCUGCUCAUUGCUCUGUGCAUGUGUGUGUGCGGUGUAGCUGAGCAGAGCUCUCAGAGGCCAAUAGGAUGCUGACAGCUCGCGAUGGAGCUCGAGAUGAAGCUCAGAAGCUGCACAGGAAAUGGAUGAAGCACCAGGCCUUCAUGGCCGAACUCGCCCGCAACAAAGAAUGGCUCGCCAAGAUCGAACAGGAGGGCGAGGAGCUGAUUCAGGAACAGCCCGAGUUACGAUCAGUUGUGGAGAUAAAGUUAAAGGAAAUCAGAGAGUGCUGGUCUCACCUGGAGAACACCACUAAAGUCAAGGCCCGGCAGCUCUUUGAAACCCAAAAUCACCGUACUGGCGACCUGCCUGCCAACAGCCUCAGUGACCUGGACCAGCAACUCACCAUCAUACAGGAACAGCCACCCACUCUAAGCUCCGCCCACACCACUCAACCCACCCUCCUACAGCCCCGCCCAACAUUUAGCCAACAACUGCAGAGGAUUCAAUCGAUGGAAGCCCAGAUGCAACUUUAUCAUGGUGUUGGUGAAGUUAGGGGCGGAGCUGAUCUGCAAAGACCGGAGGAGGACAUGCCAGGAGGCGUAGCGGAGACACGAAUCGUGCGUCUCAUUGAGCCUUUGAAGGAAAGAAGGCGGAUCCUUCUUGCUUCAAAAGAAAUGCACCAAGUUACCCAGGACCUGGAAGAUGAGAUUGUAUGGAUUCAGGAGCGGUUGCAUUUGGCCUCAUCUACAGAAUAUGGCGUCAAUCUGCAGAGCGUUCAACAGUUAAUAAAAAGCCAUGAGGCUGUGCAGAUGGAAAUUCAGGCGCGGAGAGGAAGGAUUAUAGAAGUGCUGGAUAGGGCGGAGGCUGUCGCUGCCCUGCGAACGCCAGAGGUGGAACUUGUGCGGGAUGGGGCAAUGCAUAUGAGGCAGCUGUGGGAGGUGCUUCAGGUAGAGAUGGAACGUCGCACGGUGAUGCUGGAUGCCGUAAGCCACGCCCAACGGUAUUAUACGCAGGCAGCAAAGGCGGAGUCUUGGCUCAGUGGGCAGAAACUUCAGGUCCUCAAUGAAGAAAAUGGAAAUGAUGAAGCGAGUACUCUCCGACUACUGAAGGAGCAGUUGGCUUUAGAGCAGACAGUUGAGAAUUAUGCAGACACCGUGGGCUCACUGUCCCAGCAGUGCCGCCGUAUGCUUGAAUUGGGACAUCCCGACAGUGAGCAGAUCACCAAACAGCAGGCUCAUAUAGACCGGCUCUACGUGUCUCUAAAAGACCUGGUUGAACAGAGGAAGACAAAGCUGGAGCAGCAGUAUUGGCUGUAUCAGCUGAAGAGAGAGGUGGAGGCGCUGGAGAAGUGGAUCACUGAGAGAGAGGCUAUAGCAAGCUCCACUGAGCUUGGAGAGAACCUCGAGCAUGUUACGGCUCUACAGGGGAGUUUUACUCGGUUCGCUUCUGAUACACGUUCAGUGGGCCAGAAACAGAUGGAUUCGGUCAACAAGAUGGUGAAUGAGAUGAUUGACUGCAGUCAUUCUGACGCUGCCACCAUCGCUGAGUGGAAGGAUGGACUGAAUGAGUCCUGGGCGGAUCUUCUUGAGCUCAUGGAGACCAGAGCACAGAUGCUAGCUGCUUCCUACCAGCUGCAUAAGUUUUUCACUGACUGUCAGGAGGUUUUGGUCCAAAUAGAGGGUAAGAUGAGACAGCUGCCAGAAGUGAGGUCCUGUCAAGUGAGCUCAGCCAACCCUGGCACACUACAGAGAUUCCUGCACUCCUUUGAGCACUCUCUGCAGCUCCUGGUGUCCCAGGUGCGGCAGCUGCAAGAAAAUGCAGCUCAGCUGCGAGCUAUUUACGCGGGGGAGAAAGCCGAUGCCAUUCUGAGCCGUGAACAGGAAGUGAUGCUGGCCUGGAAAGAGCUCCUCGUCGCUUGCGAGGGCAAUCGUGUGCAGGUUACCACUGUUACCGAUAAGAUCCAGUUCUUCGCCGUAGUGCGGGAGCUAAGCAUGUGGAUGGAUGGAAUCAUGGGACAGAUCGGAUCGUCUGACAGUGCAAGGGACAUCUCUGUGCUGGAGGGGAUGAUGGCGCAGCAUCAGAGUCUGAAAACCAAGAUGGAUAACAAGAGCAAGAACUUUGUGCAUUGCGUGGAGAUGGGAAAGAUGCUGCUUGCGGCACGCAACCCUGCAGCUGAAGAGGUAAAGGAGAAGUUGGAGUAUGUGAUGGCAAAGCAGAAAGAGCUGAAUGAGCGAUGGGAACAGCACUGGGAAAAGCUUCAGCAGGCCCAGCAGAGGCUGCAGUCUACACAGAUGGGAUUUGUGGAGCAGUCCUGGCUCACACUGAAGGAGCCAAUCACUUCAGUGAGUCGAGAGGCAGGGGGCGGGACUGACGAGGUAGAGGAGCUGAUUCGCAGACAUGAAGCCUUCCGCAAGGCCGCGGCAACAUGGAAGGACCAUUUCAGCUCAUUGCGACAGGCAGAGAAGUUAAAGGAGGAACAAAACAAGCCUGCCACCUCUUCUCUCCUCAGCAGACAGAUGUUUCCUCUCUCUUGUCUUGUGCCCAGCUCCUCUUCCUCUUCUUCCUCCUCCUCUCUCUUCCGUAACCCUCUUCAGGAAUCGUAUCUGGAGUCCAAGCUCGGGCAGGACCUCACACACUCCGCAGAACACACAAUGGCACACGCACUCACCCAGCGGCUCGGAUCCUCCUCGAACCCCUACUCACCCGUCAUGAAUGGCUCCUCCUAUCACGGGCUAAACCAACCAUCAGGGGUCGUAGGUGAGGGUUUUUCUUACCUUGGGCUUAAACAACAGGGUGUUUCAGGGUUGGAUAAUUCAAGUUAUCCAGGAUUAAACCAGCAAGUUGGUGUCUUGGGGGUGAACAGCUCAAGCUACACUGGAUUAAACCAACAGGGUGCUUUAGGAGAGGACAGCUCCGGCUACCACAGCCUGAACCAUUUAGGUGCUGUGGGGUCAAUGGAACAUAAAAUGGGAUACGCUUGGCAGCAUCUGAAAGCUGACUGCCUUCAGCCCAAAAUCAACCACAUUCACAAAGCCGUUCCACCUUUACUGGAGGUGCACAGAGCUCAGCUUGCCUCUGGGAACGCAAAUGUGCCAUCUCCCCCUAUGGGCCUGGAUCCCUCCCUGGAGAUGAUCCACAGCCGUUUACAGAGGGACCCUCGUGGCAGUCGGUCUGACCCGCAGAUGGAUCACCUGAGGCGGGAGAGAGAGUACCGUCUUGGCCGUCAGACCUCCAGUGAGCAGGAGAUUCAAGCGCGACUCAACGAACUCCCGCUCAUCGUUAGACAGGAGCGAUACCGGAGGAGAAUGGAGAGACAGUCGUCCAGCGAGCAGGAGGGAAGCGGAAAACAGAGAGUGCAGAAACAUGACUCCAGCGAUGCAGAAUCAGGGAAAGAGCCAUCGGACAAGAGACUAUCCGCGGAGAAGCGUUCCACUAUGGCUGAGAUUGUCGAACAAGUUCAAGAGAGAGAAGCUUGCAAUGCAAGGGGAGAACCAUACCGGCCCCCCAGCAGCCUUUCUGCACCGGUGAGCCGUUUCGAUCGACCCCGGGCGCGUGAUCGCCCCAAACCACGGCGGAGACCUCGCCCAAAAGAGCCCGAGGAGCCACGGAGGUCACGUUCUGCUCCUGCCCAGAGUGUCCCAACCACACCCCAACCUCCUACACAUACCAUCGAACAUGAAGGUUUCCUUUACAGGAAACAUGAAGAGGAGGGAAAAGAGAGGAGCCCUAACAGCAAGUCGUGGGUCAACCUGUUUUGCGUGCUCAAACAAGGAGAGAUCGGUUUCUACAAGGACGCAAGACACAAGACCACACCCUACAAUGACGAGCCACUUCUCAACCUGGCCAUCUGCACCUUUGACACUACCAACGGAUACAAAAAGAAGAAGAAUGUCUUCAUUCUCAGGACCACUGCUGAUGAAUACAUCUUCCUGGCCAAGGAUGAGGAGGAUCUGAAGGGUUGGGUCAACAGUAUCAAUGCUAGCCUAAAAGAGAUCGAAGAAAUUGCCAAGUGGGAAAAAGCCACAAACUCCUCCACUGACCCCGACAAAUCAGAGCGUAAGGAGCGAUCUGAAGGGGCGGAGCCAUCGGAGGGGGCGGAGCGGUCCGAGAAAUCUGAACGAUCAGACCGAUCAGAUAAAAUAGAGGGAUCGGACAAAAGCUCAGAAAAGAGAGACGCAUCCGAGAAAGAAAGCGGAGAGCGAGGAGGGAGAAGAGAACGAGGGGAGAGAGCGGAAAGGGGCGAAAGGGGCUCCAGGGGUUCCAGCACUUCUGGGAAAAGCAAAUGACUCAUCUCUCCACACGUUUAUUUAUUCAUCCAUCCUUCCAUCUUUCCAGAGAGAAGACAGGACCCGUGUCGCUCUGUCUCUGUGUCUCUGUUUGUCCCGACAGUCCGAUUUCAGGACGGACGCCAUUGAUCGUGUCCCCUGAAACGUCUGUUCCGAUGCGUGUCUGUGUGCGUGCCAAUAAGUUAAAGAGAAAGUAUAUGAAAAACAGUAUCCCAGCAAUCAGACGGGCCCGUUCAGCCGCCCUGCUCGACUCUCACAGAAAAGGCACUUUAGAUUAUUGAGGAAGACUAUAGCCCUUGAUAUUUUAGAAGCGUUUUCUUGAAGCAAUAUACUGUAUGUAGUAACUGAUACCGCUUGUUUUAGCUGCUCUGCUCUUCCGAGCUUGUGCAAGAUAGAGAAAGUACUCGAGGGAAAUCUGUGGUAGAUGUGAUUCUCCUGUUUGACAUCCGUUCGCGCCCCCACACAGACAUACACACUCACUCAGUGCAUUAUGGGUAGGUGUUCGGUAUGGAACGCCAUUUUCUCUCUCACCUGAGGCUGUACACGUCUUCCACCCGCUUCCUGUAAUAACGGUUUAAAUCAUGCGAGACACUUUGCAUUGCGUGAUUAGGGGAGGAAUUGCAAUUCGUGAAUUUAAUGUGUAAUGACUGUCUGGCAAUGUGUGUGUGUGUGUGUGCGUGUUUGUGUGAAUGUGCAUACAGCUCAGUCCAAAAGGAGCUCAGAUGUAUUACGUAUAAUCUCAUGGAUCGUAUUUAUUAGGUUAUUGCUAUACAAAUUUAAAGUGCAAGGUUCUCUCUAUUCUUUCCUGAACUAAGAGGAGCUAAGAACGAUCAGCCACCCUCCGUAUGUGUACAAUAAUGCUGCUUUUUAUCAUCUUUGCCCCUCACAUCAUCCUUUGAUUGUAAAAUGUUUAGUACACAUAAAAAUAGGGUGUCUGUGACUUUGUCAUGCUAUAACGAAAAGAUUGUAUAUAAAUAUACAUAUAUAUAUAUACAUAUAUAAAUAUAUAUUUGUAUAUAUACACACACUAGUAAAUGAGUUUUACUUCUGUGAGCUGCAACAACUAAUUACAGUAAAAAUAUCAUUUUUAUCAACAUACGAAAAUGCAACAUAUAAAAAAUAAUUAGUUGUUUAAAUUGCUCCUGAAUUAAGCCAGUAAACAUGCGUCGUGUAAGUCGCCUGUUUUGCAGUCUCCGCAUAGAGAAACGCAGAGACUCUUGCCACUACGGUUUGUUUUUGGCCAGGGCAAAAGAUCAGGCUCCUUGUAAAAAGAAAUUGCCAUUCAAAUGCUCAGAGACUAUGAUUGGGUUUAAUUUAUAUAUUAAGACCGUCUCUUGACUGCUGUUUAAUUUACUAAAACAAGGACGAUGAUUUUCCCCUAAACUUGCAAACUGAAAAAUCAGAAUAAACAGGAACCGUCAAAAAUCUAAUUUGUCCGUUUUAAAAUGUUUUUUCUUCACUAGAUGGUUCAGUGGCUCAAGUUUUAAGUUAUGAAUCACCUUGCUGAGGUCAAGCUUUUUCUCUUUGGCUAUUUUCACCAUACAAAGUUCCUCUAAUUUUUCAGUAACUACCACCACUAAGUUCAGACUCUUCACUGGCCUCAUUGUCUAUGCAAGAUCAAUUGUCUGCAUCAUCCUCUAGGGCAGUGUUUCCCAAUCCUGGUCCUUGCACACGCCCUCCCAGAAUGUUUUAGGCCUUGUCCCAACCUUGUUGCCUUAAAUUGCGUGUGUUCGCGUAGUCUAUGAGUCCGUAGGGUGUGCCAUCUGUCAUUUUUACGCUCUGAAGUGUGCUCAUCAGCGCCCCCUUUGCACCCUUGAUGCGGUCUUCGGCGAAGCCCGCACUGCUGCAGGCUUCAUGCACUUUAACAACCCAGAAGUCCUUGCGAAAGAGCAAUCAGACGAAUCCGACGACGGAUGGGAGGAGUUUACAGUGAUGGGCAACUUCUCUUCCUAUUUCCGGCGUGACGCUCGAGUCUGUUUCAAAAUACAACUCCAGGGCGCCCUCGUGGACUUGCGUCAAAGGUCCCUAAGGUCUGCACUACAUGAUGUCAUCAAAGUGUGGACUCUAAGGAAGCCCACAAGUCCAGAGUGUGCCAUUUGGGACAGGACCUCAGAUGUCGCCUCAUUUAAAACACCUGAUUCAACUCAUCAGGUCGUUACUGUGGGUUCACACAGCCACGUUUGAGGCGUCAAAUUCGCGUCUACCGCAUCUAGUUUGCCGCUUGAACAUUUUGAGUUUACUCGCUUCAUUUGCGUGAGAAAGCUGCGCAUGAAAUUCUAGUCAUCGAGACAUUCACGCGGAAAUUCGCAUCAUGGGAGGGGCUUCUGCAACUCCGCUCGCUUCCUGUAAUCACGUCACUUCUAGAGCAAGCUCCUUAUUGGAUAACGUGGCGCGUUUUUCUGCCGAAAUUUAACAUUUUUCAACUCGCGCGUUUUUUGCAGCAACGUUCAAUUUGCGCCAUUCUAGACGCACGAAUGAGGCGGAACCGCGUCUACCGCUAGAAAGAUCAUGCAGUGACAUGCCGGUUUUGUACUGGUCACAACGCUCCACGUGAUACGAAUUCGCAGGUCAAAGUUCAUCAGAUUUGUACUUUGCUACACAACGUCCUGAGAAAUAUCGUUGCACAAGCUUGCGUCUCCGUUCUGACGCAUUCGCUUGCGUAUGAAAGGAAGUCAAAAAGAAGGAAGUCUUGUCUGACCGCGGCUUUAACCAUUCUGGAAGGAGUCUGGUGAGAUGAAUCAGUGAGAUGAAAUAAGGUAACAUCUAAAACCUUCUGGGAGGGGGUACGCAAGGACCAGGAUUGGGAACCACUGCUCUACGUUGUAAAAUCAUGUAAAAUGUGGAAAGGGAUAUUUCAUCCAGAAAUGUUGUUUCACCCUCAUGUUGUUCUAAACCUGUUUGAGUUUCUUUAUUCUGUUGAACACAAAAAAAGACAUUUUGAUGAAUGAUGGUACACGUUGACUUUGGGUCUACUGUGGCAGUCAUUGGGUACCAUCAACUGUGUGGUUAAAAAAAUCUUAAAGGCGGGGUGCAUGAUUUUUGAAAAACACUUUGGAAAAGGGAGUGGGACAAACUACCAAAACACACUUGAAGUCAAUCAGCAGUAAGGGGUGUGUCUACAACCAACAUAGUUGCCAGGGUUGCUUAUGUGUGGGGCGGGUCUAUCAUAAGAAGGUUCAGAUUCUAUUAGGGUAGGGGCGUGUUUGUUUAGGUGAUUUUAAAUGGCUUUCAGAGAUCAUGCACCCCGCCUUUAAGAGGAGAAAAAAAUUCAUACAGGACAACAUGAGUGUGAGUAAAUGAUGACAAAAACUAUCCCUUUAAGUACAAUUAUAAGUGAUCACACUUACAAUGCCACCUGUGACAUCAGGCAAAUUCCUUGAAACAAAUCCCCAAGGUUUCCCCACUGUGAGAUGCCGUAUGCAUAAGAGACUUAUGAAUUAAAGACUAUCCUUUCCCUUUACAGACUGAUUAAAUGUCCAAAAAUUAGGAAUUCCCUAAUAAUCAAGAUACAUAAUGAGAAAUCCCAGUCAGACAGACUCAGUAUGAAGUAGGCUGCUAUGCAGUUCAAACCGGUGUGUGCUGAUUAAGCACUUGUGAAAGUAUUGCAUACAGACACACCUGACCUCUGAUCAGCUUAAAUAAAACAUGAAGUACUUUGACCUGCAUGUAAAGAUAAGCUGAUAUGUGUUUUCCAGCAUCUAAAAUGAUGAGUGAUAAGAGCUACACCCAACAAUGAGCAUGCUGAAAUUAAAGAGGUCACAUGAUACAAAACACAUCAUCACCUAGAGUACCAGGUCCAGGCCCAGUCUGGCUACCAGUGUUGCUUAAACCCGGCGUAAUGGAGUCAAAUCUUCCCAGGACUGAAAGAUGUACAUUAUACACUGCAUAAUAAAUGAAGACAUUUAUUGAGAGCGAUUUAAAUUUGUACUGUAUAUCUGCCUCUGAUAAAUGUGAUUAAGUGAUGUGUUUGUUACUGAAAUGUUGCUGUGUUUGUCUCUGUUUCAUCUUCACUGAAGUAACCGGCAAGCCAACUCCCCCCUCCCACCAUGAAAGCAUAUCCAAAAAAAAUACUUGGACUUCAUUUUGCUUUUGGACGCUUCUGUUUAUCCAUCAUUUCUUUCAGAGUGACCUCAUCUGGGGUCUGUCUGCAAAAAGCACAAUUUUACCUAAACAACCAAUCUGGAGUAUCGGAAUAAACACUGGAUGCUUUUUCCAACGUCAUGCAUUUCUAAAAGCCGCCACAUGAGUUCAGUGUUGCACAGCAAGUUUAUCAGCAGCUGCAAGCACCAUCUCAAGAUAACUUUUUUGAACUUCACUUGAACUUCUUUUUAUCUGCAACGUUUGGCCGAUAUUGUCACUAUACGAUCCGAACUCUAUAUUUGUCUGUGAUGCAAUUUACGUUUGCUAGCUUUGAUAAAUUUCUUUAGUUCAUCAUCUGCCCGCUUGACCUCACCAGCAAGUCUUUUGUUUUUAUAAUUUUGGAAAGAAUGAAAAAAAACAAGCCCUAAAAUAAAGGAGGGGGCGUGUGGGUUUCCCUCCUUUAUCCAAAGUCAGUCGUUUUACACAUGAAACUAAAGAAAAAUACUUAUCAAGUUGCAUGAAAGAGAAUAUAGAGGUGAUUUCUAUGCAACAGUUGUGCAUGUUUAUCAAAAGGGUUUCAAUCUUCAGCAAAGCACUGGGUUUGAUUGAUGAUGAUGAUGAUGAUGAAGAAAUGAGUGGAAUGAGCAGAUGACUUGUAUAGAAAUGAGACAUUAAAUCAUUUAUGAACUGAUAUCUGCACUAAUUCAUAAAUACAGGUUGUAUAUA